ACAUCAGCUCAUUAGUGGAGACUGCAAGACCUGAAGUGGGUGUGUCAGACAUAGGGAGACAUAUAAAACGUGCAGUGCUGGGGUUACUUCAUGGAGAGGUUUGAAAACCCCUGGGCUAGAGGAUAGGAAUACACUUUCAUGUGAUAACUGGUCACUUUGUGACCACUGAUCACAAAAGAUAAUACAGCAGAACAAGCAAUUGUUUAUUAAUAAAUACGUGACAAAGUUCAGGUUCAUUUUUUUCGGGAUUUUUACAUAAAAUUUAAAUGGAUUUUAUACAAAAAUUGCAGGCUAAAGCAAUAAAUAUACAGUGGGUUAUGCAGGCUUUUUAUAGAAAACAAACAAACAAAAAAACUCAACCAUAUCACUUAACUACAAAACCAUUCUAAUGAAAAGAUAAGCUAUAAUGAAAAAAUACAAUCAGUUUUAUUACCAGUUUAUCAUUUUUAUACACAAGGCCAGAUUAAUUAGAGCUGAUGACUGCAUAGCAACCUCACAAAGCAGCGCAACUGACUAAAAUAUACAAUAAACCAGAAAGAGAUAAAAAAGACAUUCCCUUUACAUUAUUUCCCUGUGGUUUGGAGCUCAUCUUACCUGGCGCAUUUCUUCAACAUAAUUCCCCACACCGAUAUGUUGCUGCCUGGACGGUGUCUGUGAAACUACAUCCCUCCUUGCUCCUCUGCUAGCGAAUCCAUCCUUUCAGUGGGGGAUAAGGUGGGCCAACGUCACGUUGAUCGACAAGAGGUCGGCAUUUACAUAAGCCUGGUCUUUAACGACAAUCUGUCAGUGCAAGGCCACUUAAGAUCAAGAUGAGACAGAACAACUGAUCACUGGCUGACCCACCCCACGUGACUGUCACUGGUCAUUCAUAUCACUAGCGCGCGGACACCCCCCAAUCCACGACUGAUUGAAGGAGGCAGAAGGGUGGCUCGGCUCAACCCCGGGUGAAUGGUGCGAGUCGUGCGUCGUUAAUCAGUCCCCAGGCCCAAAGAUCUGUCAGUGUGGCCGCCACGCGCAAAGACGCCCAAGAAGAUGCCACGAUGAGCACAUUCCUAGAUUUCUCGGCCAUAAGUGGUGGUGGAGAUGCAGGUGGCGGGGGCUCGUGCUCACUCAGAGCGUUUCAUGGUGACCAAGGACUUUCAACAUUUCAGUCAUCGUGUGCUGUCAGGGUAAAUAGCUGCGGUGGGGACGAGAGGUACAUGUCCAGUAGAUCAUCACAAGACGCAAUUAACCCUCAGCCGCACCAAGCCGGCUCGUACCAGUCCCCCGGGACUCUGUCAAUUACCUACAGCGCCCAUCCAAGUUAUGGGACUCAGAGUUUUUGCGCCGGAUACAGUCACUAUGCCCUGAAUCAGGAUGUGGACUCGUCUGUGAGCUUUCCCCAGUGCGGCCCGAUAGUUUACUCUGGAAAUAUUUCCUCCACGGUGGUGCAGCACCGUCACCAUCGCCAUGGUUACAGUAGCGGAAACGUUCACCUCCAUGGUCAGUUCCAGUAUGCCUCAGCCACAUAUGGUAAUAGUUCGGAUCAGGCAAACCUAACGUUUGUGGCGGGCUGCUCAAAUCCGCUAUCCCCUCUGCAUGUGACUCAUCACGACGCAUGUUGUUCACCUCUAUCAGAUGGCGUGUCAACAGGGCAGACAUUUGACUGGAUGAAGGUUAAACGGAACCCGCCGAAAACAGGGAAGGCUGGAGAGUAUGGCUUUGGUGGGCAGCCAAACACUGUACGCACCAAUUUUACUACAAAACAGCUGACAGAGCUUGAAAAGGAGUUUCAUUUCAAUAAGUACUUGACUCGUGCAAGGCGGGUGGAGAUCGCGGCUGCGCUCCAAUUAAACGAGACUCAGGUGAAGAUCUGGUUCCAAAAUCGUCGUAUGAAGCAAAAGAAGCGAGAAAAGGAAGGUCUUUUGCCCAAAUCUCAGUCCGAUACGAAGGAUGGUCACGAAAAACAGGAGGAUGCAUCUGAAAAGUCGCUCUCCGCACCACCCACUCCAUCUCCCUCUUCCCCGACUGUUGAUGCCUACACCUCGAAUUAAAAACCUCUCACGUUUGUUCUGCCAACCUGUUAAUGAUACUGGAGUACUGUUAGUGACUCUCCUGUCAAGGUUAUUGUCAAAAUCAUCAUGUGACAUCAGUGUCAUACAGAGACCAGUGCACAACUUAGAGAUUUUGAACACUCAGUAUUUAUCUGUGCUACUUUGUGUUAUUGUGAAAUGACUGUUAAUUGUCUUAGGACACCUUGUCAAGAAUCUGUACAAAUAACAAGUUUCUUGUGCAUUUUCAUGCACAGUAAUAACAAAUGCUGCACUAUUACACGUCUUUGGUCGGACUUGCACCACUUGUCAAAAUACCUACCUCAAGAACCAAAGGAAGUAGUGCAAUAUAUUUAAGAGAUGUAUUAUUAAGAGAGACGAAUCAAUUGUACGUUUCGCCAAAGGCUUGUUUCAACACACUGACAAUUUUUCUGGACCGUGCAUAGUGUUAACCCUGAUGUUGUGUAUGUGUUGUGAGUUCUGCAACAUGAUGCACAACUUUUCAAAGUUGUCAUCCGGUUGUACUGAGUUUUAUCAGUCAAAGAUAAAGACUCAAAUCUCCUUUAGAAACAUGCUUUAGAAAACGAUCAAGAUACGGGUGAGUUAAAUGUGUGAAUUAAAAUUUCACUUAAUUACAAUUUAUUUGAACACUGGUGUUUUACUCGUGGUGGUGUCAAUGCCUGGUAUAAGCCUGUCCAAA